UGUCAGCCCAUUUCCAUCCCGCUGUGCACGGACAUCGCGUACAACGAGACCAUCAUGCCGAACCUGCUGGGCCACACCAACCAGGAGGACGCGGGGCUGGAGGUCCACCAGUUCUACCCGCUGGUGAAAGUCCAGUGCUCCCCGGACCUAAAGUUCUUCCUGUGCUCCAUGUAUGCGCCGGUGUGCACGGUGCUGGAGAAGGCGCUGCCCCCGUGCCGCUCUCUGUGCGAGCGCGCGCGGCAGGGCUGCGAGGCGCUCAUGAACAAGUUCGGCUUCCAGUGGCCCGACAGCCUCGCCUGCGAGAGCUUCCCGGUCCACGGUGCGGGGGAGCUGUGCGUCGGCCAGAACAUGUCGGACCGCACGGAGCCCGAGCCCGGCCCCGGCCCCACGGAGCGCGCGUUUCCCGACCCGAUGAACGGUCAGUUCAGAUGUCCGCCCUCGCUCGGGGUGCCUCCCUACCUGAACUACCGCUUCCUCGGGCAGGAGAACUGCGCCGCUCCGUGUGAGCCGAAGAGAACUCACGGGAUGAUGUAUUUCAGCGAGGAGGAGCUCAAAUUCGCCAGGAUAUGGAUCGGCACAUGGUCAGUGUUGUGUUGUGCUUCCACUUUAUUCACCGUGCUGACCUACCUGGUGGAUAUGAAGCGCUUCAGCUACCCAGAGCGGCCCAUUGUUUUUCUUUCUGGCUGCUACACCAUGGUUUCCAUCGCCUACAUUGCUGGAUUUUUACUGGAGGACAAGGUGGUUUGCAAUGACGGGUUUGAGAAUGACAUAAGGACUGUGGUGCAGGGCACUAAAAAGGAAGGCUGCACCAUCCUCUUCAUGAUGCUGUACUUCUUCAGCAUGGCCAGCUCAAUCUGGUGGGUCAUCCUGGCUCUCACCUGGUUCCUGGCAGCAGGAAUGAAGUGGGGUCACGAGGCCAUCGAGGCCAACUCUCAGUAUUUCCACCUGGCGGCCUGGGCCGUUCCUGCCAUCAAAACCAUCACCAUCCUGGCAGUAGGACAGGUGGAUGGAGAUGUGUUGAGUGGGGUUUGCUUCGUGGGCAUCAACAGCGUGGACGCCCUACGUGGCUUUGUUCUGGCACCGCUCUUCGUUUACCUGUUUAUCGGCACUUCCUUCCUUUUGGCUGGAUUUGUGUCUCUGUUUCGAAUCCGGACCAUCAUGAAACACGACGGCACCAAGACGGAGAAACUGGAGAAGCUGAUGGUGCGGAUAGGAAUCUUCAGCGUGCUCUACACCGUGCCGGCCACCAUUGUGAUCGCCUGCUACUUCUACGAGCAGGCCUUCAGAGAGCACUGGGAGAGGACGUGGAUCAGCCAGGCGUGCAAGACGUACGCCGUGCCGUGUCCAGUCCACAGCCAUCCCAGCAUGAGCCCGGACUUCACCGUCUUCAUGAUCAAGUAUCUCAUGACGCUCAUUGUUGGCAUCACUUCUGGCUUCUGGAUCUGGUCUGGCAAGACCCUCAACUCCUGGAGGAGGUUUUACACAAGACUGGCCAGCAGUAAACAGGGGGAGACCACAGUGUAGUGUGGUUUAAACCUCCGCUCUCACUCAGACUGCUUUGUGACAAACUGAAUGAUAAUCCUCUUUAUUUUCUUCUUAUUCAUUUUAUUUGGACUCACAGGAGACAUUCACUUUGUUUUUUAAUGUACAUACAUAUUUGUGAGAUUUUUGUAAGUAUAUAUUUGUAUUUAAAGAUUUUUAAAAAGUCUUUUUUUAAAAAAAAACACCUUUUUUCAUACGUUGGACUUAAUGGAAUUUUACUUAAUCAUCACAAAGAGCCAGCUGACCAUCAACAAUCCUCAGAUCUCAUGACUUGACUUACUGCAGACCCCGUCAUGGAGUACUUCACAUGGAGCGUGUGUGUCUUUGAUCAGUGAACUGCCUGCAAGCCCCGGGUCUGGUCUAAGCGGAGUCUCGUGAAACCCGAGUGCUUCAUCACGAUCAGGCAGCUUUAGUUUCUGUCUGUUGUAUGGCGGAGCGAGCCACGGCCCGGCUCCGAAGGGACAAUGUCAUCAGUCGUGGGAACGAGAAGUGGUGUGCAAGGUUGUGAAUGUGAGUCAUUGUGGCAGAUGGUUGUGGCCUGUAGCUCAGGCCCUAACAUUCCUUUUCUGAAUAAAGCACAGGUAGUCAUGCAAAUGUAAAGGAACACACAAGUGGUUAUGCAUGUAUGUUACAGUACUCUCAGGCAAAAUCAUUUUCCUGGAAACAUGUUUCUUUUUAUCGAACUGCCAAAUCUGUCUGGGAAGCUGUUAUAAUUCUGAACACUGUGACCAUCAGGCUUCAUUUUUUCUGUUACGUGUAGUGCUGGGCAGUAUCACCAUAAGGUUAUCACAGUGGGUCUUUGUAUAGGUUUACAGCAGCUCCUCUGACAGGAGGAUAUGAAAUAUAAACCCCUCAAUGUCAGCAU